GUUUCAUACUCGGUGCUUUUCGUUUGAUGGUGGAGCAGAAAAGGAAAAUGAAAGCUUGACACAGAGUUCAGCUAUGUGACAUGAACAAACACACUUCCCCUCUUCACUUCCUCCUACACGCACACACACACUGUCAGACUGGAUUUGGACUCUGAAAAGUCAACACGGAGCGACCACAGAAGCUCCAAAAACAUCCACUCUGGUGCAGUAGUACAAGUCAAGAAUCAGGAUGGAUUACAAAUAUGAUAAUGGAAUACAGCUUCUGUUGGCUCACAUGAAUAUCGAGGACAUUAUCAAUGCUGCAGAGAGACUUUAUCAGAUUGAAGAGGAUGGAGCAGGCUUGUGUUUUGGAGAACAUGGACUAUCCCUGGGGAAGAUGGAUGUGGUGAAUGAGGAAGCAGGAGAGUUUGAGGACUCGGAGAGUUUGAGGAGUCAGUACAGUUAUGCCGAUGAGGGUGGUGGAGUUCGUUACGGGACGGUGGCAGACCUCCUGUCCUUUGUCAAUCUGCUGUCCAACAUGCAGCCAGCAGGCCUGCAGCAUCUGUCCAAGGAGAUGGGAAUCCUACUCAACAAGUCGUAUAUGGCUAUAAAAAACGGUCACUACCAGAUCAACAGGGAUGUUGUUCUUUUUCCAUGGAAAUUAACCUACAAGAACCAUGGAUCUGGUCUUGUGCCCAAGGGUUCCUUCGGAAAAGUUCACUUAGCACAAGAUACCACAACCAGGAAGAGAAUGGCGUGCAAACUGAUUCCCUUGGAGAACUUUAAAGCAGCCGACGUGGAAUUCCAGGCCCGGUUCAGCCAUGAGAACAUUGCUGAGCUGUAUGGUGCUCUUCUCUGGGAUCAGAAUGUCCACCUGUUCAUGGAGGCGGGUGAAGGUGGCUCUGUUCUGGAGAAAGUAGACAGCUGUGGGCCAUUGAGGGAGUUUGAGGUCAUUUGGGUGACCAAGCAGAUACUGCGGGGCCUGGAGUACCUCCACAAACACAAAAUCAUUCAUCAUGACAUCAAACCCAGUAACAUUGUCCUGAUGUCUGAUAAGGCUGUACUGGUGGACUUUGGCCUGACCGUGCAGAUGACCGAGGAAAUAUACAUUCCCAGAGACCUUAGAGGAACAGAGAUGUACAUGAGUCCUGAGCUGGUUCUGUGUCGUGGACAUACCACUAAGACGGACAUCUACAGCCUGGGCACCACAGUCAUUCACAUGCAGACCGGUAGCCCUCCUUGGGUCCGGAGAUACCCACGCACGGCCUACCCAUCCUACCUCUAUAUUAUUCACAAGAAGGCUCCUCCGGUGGAGGACAUAGCAGAGGACUGCAGUCUGGCAAUGCGCUCCUUCCUGCAGCGAGCCCUGGAGAGGAACCCUGCUGUUCGGAGUUCAGCAUCAGAACUGCUAAAAGAUGAUGCCAUCAACCCACCUAAAGAGGAUCAACCACGGUGUUGGAGUCUUGACUCAGCCCUCGAGGAGGUCACUUGCCAUCUCAUGCGGCGGCAGCACAGCCGGCAUCCGGACUCAACAGAAGACUCGUCCUUGUACUCUGAAGACUCUGGUCACAUGAGGAGAAAGGGUUCUUUAUACCUUGACCUUGGAGCCUUGGCAGCCACCUCUAAACAAGUGACAGGACCCCCUGUCUCCGAGUAUGGCUAGCAAUCACUGCUGUGGCUGAACUGUCAUUGAAGCCACUGGCCUUGUUCAGUAAUGCAGUGAGAUCCUUUUCACGGAUGGACUGAUGAAUAAUUCAGAUCAGUUUAUAGCUGCAAGUACAGCAGCUCAGUGAAAAUUUUGAAGGUUAACAAGACUUUAGACAACAUCAGUGCAUGAGGUCAGGGUCAAUGCCUGGGCUAUGACACUGAUUUCUUAAGAAGGACUCUUUCCUGUGCAUCAACACUGCAGGCUGGUGUUUGGAUUCUUAUUAAAAGAGACUGGUCAAACGUGUUUAAAUGAACUUUGGCUAUUUUUGCUUCUGUAAUGGUUUA